AACCCAUCAUUCCAUACCAGUCCAUUCCCCCUUACAUAGCUUUUCUCUUUAUUAUCACAACACAAAAUUCACCCUCUUAAUUAGAAAAACUUGAAGGGGCUCACCAGCAAAUGAGGAAACCUGUUGCAGAUCCACCAAACAUGGGAAAAGACAACAACAAGGUGAAGCUGAGGAAGGGACUUUGGUCGCCCGAGGAAGACGAGAAGCUGAUGAAGUACAUGUUGAGUAACGGACAAGGGUGUUGGAGUGACAUUGCUAGGAAUGCUGGUUUGCAGAGGUGCGGUAAGAGCUGCCGUCUUCGUUGGAUUAAUUAUUUGAGACCUGAUCUCAAGCGUGGUGCAUUUUGUCCUCAAGAGGAAGAUCUUAUUAUACAUUUGCAUUCCAUCCUUGGCAACAGGUGGUCUCAAAUCGCAGCUCGUCUUCCAGGGAGAACAGAUAAUGAAAUAAAGAAUUUCUGGAACUCCACACUAAAGAAACGAUUGAAAACCACCACCACCACUCCCACAUGUUCGUCGCUAAACAACAGUGAUUCAAUAUCAGAGCAGCCAAGAACAGAUGGUGUAGGAGCCAUUUUUCCGGUGAACGAACACGACAUCGACAUCAUGGGUGCUUCUUUAUCGUCGUCUUCUUCGUCACCAACAUCCAUGUCCUACCCAUCAAUGGUCACAUUAAACCAGUUCGACCCAUUCCCUCACCUCAAUAACUCAUAUGACAUGAAGGGUUCAUUCAAUGCGCCAACAUGGUUAACAACAACACAAGGUGGUUGGGGAGAGGGAUUAUUUUAUGGUGAUUAUGGGAAAAUAGGGUUAGAAGGGGAGUUUUCUCUUCCUCCACUUGAGACCACUGCUGCCAUUGCCAAUAACAACAAUAAUAGUUGCUUCAACAACACAGCUGGUGAGAAGAAUCACGGUCAAAGCUUCAAAGUAGAGGUGGACAAUAUGUUCGGGUUAGAAAAUAAUCAUCCUCAUUGGCAUGGAGAAAGCUUGAGAAUGGGAGAAUGGGAUUUUGAGGAAUUGAUGGAUAAUAUAUCUUCUUUUCCUAAUUUCCUCGACAAUUUCCAUUGCUGAAUAUAUUAUUUUCUUUUCUUCUUUGGGUUCAAAUUCAGGUUUUAGUCCCUAUGCUCAAAGUUAGAGGUUUAAUCACUAUAAUUUGGAAUAAUUUGAUUAUUUGCUUUUAUAAUAUACAGUUAGUUAAUCCAAAUAAUAAACUAUUCCGAUUAUAAAGUUGAUGUAGAUUUUUUCACCUUAAAAACACCUCAUACAACUCAUCAUAUUGACACGGAUUUUUUGUGUUGGAAGAGGUGAAUUUAAGAAAAAUCUAUAUUAGCAUUUUAACGGAAUAGUUAACUGUGUUAAUUAUUUGGACAACUAACUCUGAUAUUAUAAAAGUAGAUGAUUCAAUUAUGUCAAAUUAAAGUUAAAGGAUUAAAUCUUAAAAUUAAGUAUCAUAGAGGGACUAAGACCAACAUUUGACCAUUCAUUUUAGACUCGGAAAUUUUGAGCUUCUGGAAAUUAUAAACAUAAAACGGUGGAGAUUAGCAGAGAGACGGUGGCAGACAUGAAUAUUGUAGCUAUGUAUUUUAAUUGUAGUUUGAAAUUCAUGUACAAAUUAGGGGAAUAAUUUGAACUAUAUUUUGCAUGAAUGUACAUGUAAAAACAUAAUCAAGUAAUAAAAGGUAAUAAACACACA